ACUUAUUCAGGCACAGGUACUUGGUUUAUUCCCUCGACACAAGGCGGAUCGGCAGGUGCCUGUGGCGGCGAUAACGAAGAUGACGCUCAAAUCGUUGCUUUGAACCAGGAACAGUACGGCGAUACCUCGUCCAAGAGCGAUUGGUGUGGCAAAAAGGUUGAGAUCAGCCACAAUGGCAAAUCGACCACUGCCACCAUCACCGAUGCUUGUCCCGAAUGCGUGUCUGGUGACUUGGACUUGACCCAGGCUGUCUUUAAGGCAUUGGAAAGCGACCUUGAUGUUGGCGAGUUGGAUAUCUCCUGGAAGGUUGUUUCCUAAAAAGCAACACAGUUUCCCCUUUUGUUGUAGUAUAGUUUCCUCAGUACAAAAGAUCUGUGAUCUGCUUUUUGUUUUCUAUGUUGUAUUAAAAAUAAAUAUCUUUUUUUUGGAUCUG